UUUCCGGCGCCAAAAGGCGCGAGUGCCAAAUGCGGGCUGUGCCAAGAUUACCGAAAUAACCCCCGGUAGCUCUCAAAUAUGCACUAUGAUAUGGCGCUGUUCCAGUCGAAUCUUCGCUCUCUGAGCCGCAGUCACUUGCCCACUCUCUCCACAAAACCGAAACCCCAAAUUCCAAUCCACAGCAUCAGCGUCGCUUCAAAACGACGCCGCUUCGGCAUCCGAAACAACUCGCGCCGGUUCUUCUUUUCGCCGGAAAACGGCAUUUCUACUCCGGUGGCGGCGGCCGUCAAUUGGUGGAGCCUAACCGAGGAGGAGGAGGAGGAGGAGGAGAAAGAGCAAAUCACGGCGGCGAAGCCAGUCACGAUUCUGCGUGCUGUUCAUCGAAUGUGGAAUUUGAUCGAGACUGAUAGAUGGAUUGUGUUCGUUGCUUUUGGUUCACUGAUUAUAGCAGCGCUCUCGGAGAUCUCAAUACCGCGGAUAUUGACGGAGUCUGUGUUUUGUGCUCAAAGUGGGAAUGCUGCGGUGUUCUUCAGGAACUCGAAGCUUCUAGCAGUGUUGUGUAUCACUUCAGGGAUAUGCAGUGGCCUGCGAAGUGGUUGUUUUGGGAUUGCAAACAUUGUGUUGGUUAAGCGCCUCAGGGAAACCCUAUACUCAGUUGUUCUUGUCCAGGAUAUAUCCUUUUUCGACAGAGAAUCAGUUGGUGAUUUGACAAGCAGACUUGGGGCAGAUUGUCAACGAUUAUCGCUUGUCAUUGCAAAUGAUAUUAACUUGAUAUUACGUAAUGGGCUUCAGGGAACUGGUGCACUGAUCAAUCUGCUUAUAUUAUCUUGGCCUCUUGCAUUAUCAGCACUGGUUAUAUGCGGUGUUUUAUCUGUGAUUUUUCUUCUUUAUAGCAAGUACCAAAAGAAAGCUGCAAAAUUAACCCAAGACUUCACUGCUGGGGCCAAUGAAGUUGCACAAGAGACACUUUCUCUGAUGAGAACAGUCCGGGUUUUUGGAACAGAAAGGAAAGAAAUUGGAAGGUUCAAGGGAUGGCUAGACAAGGUAGCGUUUAUAAACAUUCGAGAGAGUAUGGCUCAUGGGUUCUGGAGUAUGAGUUUUCAUACCCUGUAUCGGUCAACACAGGUUAUUGCUGUGGUGUUAGGAGGCAUUUCUAUUAUGAGUGGUCGUGUAUCACCUGAGCAACUAACUAAGUAUGUAUUGUACUGUGAGUGGUUAAUUUAUGCAACUUGGAGGGUCACAGACAAUUUAUCAUCAUUAGUCCAGUCUGUUGGAGCAAGUGAAAAGGUUCUCCAGUUGAUGGACUUGUUGCCUAGCGACCAGUUCGUAUCAAAAGGUGUAAAGUUGCAGAGGGUAAUGGGACAUAUUCAGUUCGUAAACGUUUCUUUUCACUAUCCUUCUAGGGCAAAAGUCGCCAUUCUAGAGGACAUAAAUAUUUCCAUACAAGCAAAUGAAGUGGUUGCAAUUGUUGGUCUGAGUGGUAGUGGAAAAAGCACAUUAGUCAAUCUCUUGCUUCGUCUUUAUGAACCAAUUAAUGGUCAGAUUAAUAUUGAUGGUAUCCCUAUCAGAGAGUUGGAUAUCAGGUGGCUGAGAGGGAAAGUUGGAUUUGUGUCGCAGGAACCAAAUCUAUUUCACAUGACCAUCAAGUCAAACAUUAAAUAUGGUUGCUCCGAUGAUAUUAAGGAGGAAGAUAUAAAAUCGGCUGCAAAGCUAGCUUAUGCUCAUAACUUCAUCUCAUCUCUUCCUGACGGAUAUGAUACCCUAGUUGAUGAUAACUUACUCAGCGGUGGGCAAAAGCAGCGGAUUGCGAUUGCUAGGGCCAUUCUUAGAGACCCAGCUAUAUUAAUCCUCGAUGAAGCUACCAGUGCCUUAGAUUCUGAAGCCGAACAUCACAUUAAGGGGGUUCUUCAUGCAAUGAGGAAUGAUGUUAAAGCAAGAAGAACCGUCAUUGUCAUUGCACAUAGGCUUUCAACCAUAGAAGCUGCUGACAGAACCAUCGUAAUGGACGGAGGCCGAGUCACUGAGAUGGGUGAGCAUGCAGAACUCCUCAAGAAGGAUGGGGUCUAUGCAAAAUUGAUUAGAGCUCAAACAAAUGCUUUGGCUUGAUUGAAGUACAGCUUCAAUC